AUGGAAGGUGGCAUUAAUGGUGCGGUUGAAUUGUUCAAGAGUACCAGGCUUGUCCUCCCGCAGCGUCUUGUCAUGUAUGCCGAUAAAAGCUGGAUGCUCGUCAAAGACCCGGCGCCAACCACAGAAUAUCUGUUCAUUAGUUGGCAUUGGGAGUCCUUCAAGUACGACAGAAACAAGCCUUCCAGAGCGCCUUUGUCGCUCGUCAAAGAGAUGGCACAGCAUGCGACUCUGGAAGCAGGUCUCAAAGCAUAUUGGCUGGACGUGCAGUGCGUGGACCAGAAGUUCGGAGAUUCUUUCUCAAGCGAUGUCUAUGGUAUGGCAGACAUUGUACGCAACGCCAACCAUGUCGCAAUACUGCUACCUAGCGAACAUUCUUUCUACAAGAGAGCUUGGGCCAGAAGACUCUGGACAUUACCUGAAGGCUUACUGGCCAAAGGCAGAUUACGCAUCUGGACCGCCACGGAGAAUGGCUUCACCAAAAACGAGCUUGAUCACGUCGAGAUGACCUAUGAGUUUUGGCAUCCAUUUGCCCACGAUGAACGUCAUUACCCAACUCGAAUCUUGGCCGAGUACUACGAAGGACAGAUCGAGCUUACUCGCCUCGAGAUGAUAGUCACCGCAAUCGCCGCUCUGAGCAGACAGAAUUCGUCCAGAUUCACCGAUGCCGAUAUUGCAUAUGCUCUCAUGGGCUUACUUGGAAGGCGCAUGGCGAUAGAACGAAGCGACACAUUGCAUCAAGCCAUGACGAAACUGCUCUUAUUGACUGGUGAGAACGAAUAUGUGAUGGAACGUAUGCUGUCGAGCUAUCCUUAUCCCACCAGAGAUCUCAAAGAUGUGCUCAGAGGUCUGCUGAACAAAGACCAAUUUGGCACGUGUCUAUGGGAUAUAAGAUCGAGCUGUGAAAUUGUUGGUAUUGAUGAUAUUGAUGGUGUUGUGUAUUUGAACAACUGUCGUACACUGCCGAUAUGCCAUCAAUAUAUACCUGAUCAAAUCGGCAAAAUUCUUCGAACCAUCGGAUCCUUACGAAAAGCAGCCGUCGUUGUUCUGUGUCUCUCCAUCUAUGGCUUUAUGAGUGUGUUAGCUCCAGGUCUCCACACAGCGUGCGCGUUCUUGCUUUGCACAUUGAUUUUAUGCUUGCGAACUCCACCAACCGUGGGAUCAAUCGCGGACGAACAUGGAUUUGUGCUGAUAGAAGGUGUGAUGCCAUUAUCACAGCUGGAAGAAGCAGUCUUCGGUAAUGUCGGGGACAUCCUGACAUACGCUACAUCCUCUUCGCCUCUGAAUGCUACCCACUACGACAACGAUCCGCCUUGGGUCAAAUCUGCGAACCUAAAACGAUGGACAAAGGAGUUGUAUACAGCACGUAAAUCUGGCAACGAGCCCGUGUGGGUCCAAUCUGCGAAACCAGGUCCUACUUCUACAUCNUCCUGUAUCCCCUAUCUCUCCACUUCUGCGACAGAUUUCGAGGCNCCCAGCAGCCGCAAAGAGGCAUAUCAUCCACCGUUGCUUGCUGGAUAUACAGUGUUUACGUUGAUACAGAUGUCGACUAGACAAGUCUUGCUUGUUCAAAGUCGACUGCCUCCAACUAGUUUGUUGUUGACUGGCGAGGAGGGUGGGAUGCUACGUGCUGUUCUGUGUAGUUCUGCUUAUGAUGGCGAUGGGUUGGAGGUGCUUCAGAAGGAGGCGGUGCUGAGGCUGGAUCCAGAGGUCUGUGAUCUCGGACAGUCGCGUUCGUGGCUACGCGUGAGGACGCUAUGA